AUGGAUGAUAACACCUCACCACCGCCGAAAUCAUUAAGAAUUUACAUAUAUCAUCCUGGUGAGUGGAUGCUGAAGGUGAAUGUUCAAGAAAACACACUCGUCAAAGAUCUCAAUCAAAUUGUUCUAGGAGAACCUGCCUAUUUCAUCCAUAAUGGCGCUGUACUCCAUAGCAAUUUUGAGAUCGGCUACUAUAACAUCAAAGAAAAUGAUUUUAUUGUUGUUGUAGAUAAGCCAUCCAUUCCAAAACAAUAUAUCGAUAAUAUUUCAGUUCUAUCCGACGUGAGUCAAUGCAUGGAACUAGCAAAGUUACAAGAUAUGCAAUUUCAGAAAAUGGAACGUAAACCUCGUGUGUAUCGAAUGUUUUUAUCAACAUUUGAAUCAGUAAACGAGCCUUCAAACAUUCCACAAAUACCAAUCAAAAUACCUCAUAAACCGAGCAAGCCUUGUUCUGAUCCACUUCCAAAGUUUUGGAGUGAUUACAGUCAUAAAAUGGCUCCUCAGGUAAUUAACCCUGAACCUUCUCUGGCUUCAUUAUGUCAGAGACAAGCCGGCAAUGCUGAUGCAGCAUUUCCCUAA